GAGUUUUUGGCAGGCACCGGCAAAGCCGCAGCCGCGAGGCGUGUUGCGCUGCUCCUGCGAGCCCAAAAAUGGAUUCAUAAUUUAGCGCUCGGAAAAAGAAGCCAGGCUUGGUUCGCUGCCUAGGUCCGCGGCCCUUGGAGAGGUCAAUUGUCUUCGCCUCUGGCGUGAGGACGAGGCGAUGGCGAGGGCGCGCCAGCUGGCGCUGGUCGCCCUGGUCGGCCUAGCCGUCGCCCAAGAUCCGACGCCGCGGCCCACGCCGGCGCCGACGACCGCGCGGCCGACGACGGCCGCGCCGUCGACGGCGCGGCCCACGACUCCACAACCCACGACGGCGGCGCCUUCGACGGCGCGGCCCACGACGGCCGCGCCGACUACAGCAAAGCCGACGACGGCCAGGCCCACGACCGCGGAACCCACCGCAGCGCCGAGCGAGGUGCCCACGAACGUACCGACAGGCAUGCCCACACCAAAGCCGACGACGGCCGUGCCGACGACGGCCGCGCCUACAUUAUAUUGUAGAGUCGCCGAUCUAGAAGCGCAGUGGCCCCUCGCCGUGAGCUUCGAGGUGAGCGACGGCGGUGAAGGGUGGGGAGAUUGGAAGGGCGGCGAGUUCUACGAUAUUGUGGAGGACGACUUCGUGUGCCUCGGCGGCUUUGAGCGGUGCUGGUCGCGGUCGGACACGUCGAAGGCCGAUGGUCUUGAAACGGGCGCGCUCGAGAGUUCAGAGGGCCCCGACCAGCCGUGGGCGUUCGUGCGGUGCGACAAUUCGGGGACGUUCCGCUCGAAUCAGAUGGCGGACAACGCCUAUCCCUCGAAAGUGUUCCGGCUGGACUCGCCGACGUACCCUUCUAGUCUGGGUGAUUGGCUCUGGCCGCCGUCGUGCGAAGUGGCCCUGGGCUUCGCCUACAUGAUGUACGGCGCCGACCUAGGUACCUUACAGGUCACGGUCACGGGGUGCUGGACCUACGACUGCGUCGAUGAGAACGACUACACUGAAGUUGAAUUAUGGUCCGUCUCCGGAGAUAAUCCUGCCAGAGUCUGGGAGGAGGCCGUCGUCCACCUGCCUCCCGGUACGUCAUACGUCUCCUUCGUCGCGACGACCGGCUCCGGCGCCCUCUCGGACUUCGCGCUCGACUCCAUACGGAUGUUCGACUUCCACCCGACGGCCGCGCCGACGGUGACACCAAAACCCUCGUCAAACCCGACGGAGUUCCCGUCCGUGCCGCCCACGUUCGCGCCGACGACCUUCAUCCCGCCGUCGCCGGCGCCGUCCAUAAGCCCCGAGCCGACGACGCCGAUGCCGUCGACGGCCUCGCCGACGACGUCGCCAGCGCCUUCACCAAAACCUUCGCCAGCGCCGACGGCGGCGCCGACGUCGCUGAAGAGCAGCAAGAAGUCCUCCUCGAACAACAGCUUGCUGUACAUCAUCAUCAUCGUGUGCGUCGCCGCCGCGGCGCUGAUCUGCUGCUGCGUCGCAUUUAUGUGGAGACGGCCACGGACACAAGUGAAGCGCGCCAAUUUAGAUUCAGAGGACACGAAGGAGGCCGACGUCGAGUUAGGCAGGUUAGAUACGGCCUGGGGCGUCGACGGCGACGCUGAAUUACUACUGGACGACCCCCAGGAUUCGUUGGGCGGCGUCUUGGACGACGCGAGCGGCUGGCCGGCCGAUGUUUUAGCAUUUGCGCGGCGCGGGUCCGAGAUUGAUCAGAUCCGGAAGGACGCGCAGUCGCAGAGCGAUAGGGGACGACUGCGGACCCCGCCGAAGUCUCCCGACGACUGGGAGGUGUAUGAUAAUCAACUACGGGGCGCGCGGGCGACGCCGCGCGGCCCGCCGCCGCCGCCGCCGCCGCCGCCGCCCGGCCCGCCGCCGGACACGCCCUCCUCGACCAAUAGUCGGCCGCCCUCGACGGCUAAAAGGCGAGCUUCUACCAAAGUCGGGGACUUCGAAGUCACUCACGUCAUCGGCAAGGGGGCUUUCGGUCGAGUUUUACUGGCGACGAAGACCGCGGGAACGGAGCACGGGCGGGCCUUCGCCGUGAAAGUGUUGGAUAAGGAGGUCGUGCGGAACACGGGACAGGCGGCCCAUACCAGAGCCGAGCGACAAACUCUCGCCUCACUAAGGCAUCCAUUUGUCGUGCGACUGCGCUACGCGUUCCAGUCUCGAGCUCGAUUGUACUUGGUUACUGAUUUCUACGCCGGUGGCUCCCUAGAGCGGCACCUGGACGACGCCCAUCCUACCGGAUUAGGAGAUCCAAGAACGCUAUACUACGGCGCAGAAUUAGUGUGCGCUCUACGCCACUGCCACGCCGCCGGUGUCGUCCACCGCGACUUAAAACCGGGCAACGUCUUGCUCGACUCCAGAGGCGACGUCGCCCUGACGGAUUUUGGUUUGUGCGCCUUGGGUGUCCACGAGGACGGCGCGCCCCUCCGAUCGUUUUGUGGCACGGUGACGUACAUGGCUCCCGAAUUACUCGUAGGCCACGCCUACGGCACGUCGGUGGACUGGUGGGCGCUCGGCGCACUCAUCUUCGAGAUGGCUUCCGGCCGACCUCCGUUCGAGGACCAGAAUCGACGGCGCAUGUUCUACGCGAUAUUACAUCUGCCGCCGCCGUUUCCGUUGGACUUUUCGAACGAGUUGAUUGAGUUGCUGACGAACCUGCUGGAGAAGCGGCCGGAGCGAAGGUUCGGCGUCAAACGACUGACGACGGUCGAAGAGCCGCCUUCCGACGAAACACCUCCACAGCGAACUGGACUACUAGGCAGGAUGAUGGGCAAGACUAAUUCCGAUACGACGACCGUCGGCGUGGACCGCGAUUCUUCAGAUAUGCAUCGGGGCGAAGAUGAGAUCAAGCACCAAAAGUACUUCGAAGCUAUCGAUUGGGAAGCUCUGGAGCAGCGGCGCCUGCCGCCGCCCUGGGUGCCCGCGCUCGAGCAUGCGGCGGAUAUCGCUUAUGUACCUCGGCGGGUCACGGAUCGCCGGGCCGCGUCCAUCGCCGACGAGUUCCACGAUUCGGACGCGGCCGCGCAGCCGCAGACCUCUCGUGAGGCUCGGAUAUCAAGGCAAACGGCGUCCUUGGCGGGCGACGACGAGGAAAUCAGGAGACUGCGGUCGAACAACGCGUGGAAGGACUUCUCGUUUUCAGCGCCGCCUAGGGGAGAAACAGUGGCCGAGACGAAGCGGCCGGACCCCGUGCCGACGCCGCGCGCGCCGUCCGGCGACGUCGUUAAAAAAAGUGAAGCGCCGCUUGUGCCGCGGCCGCCGUCGCCGCCGCCGCCCGACCUCGUGUCGGAGGAGCUCUGAUUGUCGGGGCUCGCAAUUAUUAGUAUCAUCGUGUAAAUGACUUUUUCAGU